GCCCGAGCAGCUGACAGCAACAUGGCGGCGGCGGCCGGGCGGCGUGGCGGGGGCUUGGGGCGGUCCCCCGCGCCCGUGAGGGACGUGCCGCCCGCCGGGGAGCUGGUGCGGCCCUCAGUGACAGAGCUGUCCCAAGUGCGGACCAACAUCCUGUGCACCGUGCCCGGCUGCGGGAAGGUGCUGCCCAACAGCCCGGCCCUCAACAUGCACCUCAGCAAGGCGCACCCGCUCCAGGAUGGAAAACUUAAUACUCCAAUAAGGAAGGGUUUGAAAACUUCACAGAAAUUCUACUGCUGUCCUAUUGAAGGCUGCCCUAGAGGACCAAACAGACCAUUUUCCCAAUUUUCUCUUGUAAAACAGCACUUUAUGAAAAUGCAUGCCGAAAAGAAGCACAAAUGUGAUAAAUGUAGUAACUCCUAUGGCACAGAAUGGUAUUUGAAACGGCAUAUAGAGGUCUGUGGCAAGACUUUCCAGUGUACUUGUGGGUGCCCUUAUGCCAGCAGAACAGCAUUACUGUCCCACAUUUACAGAACUGGCCAUGAAAUUCCUGCAGAACACAGGGAUCCUCCUAGUAAGAAAAGGAAAAUGGAGUCCUCCAUGCAUAAUCAGCAGUUGGCAGAGAAAGCAAAUGAAGCAUUCAGCAAUACCCACAGUACUGCUCCUGGCACUCAGGAAUUGGAGUCCUCUGAAGUCAAAGUAGCAGCCUCUCUUGAAGGCUCCUGCAGUUCUAACUUCACAAACCAAAUGCAGCCAAAAUGUGCACCAAAGAUGCUUUUACCCAAGCCCAAGGUGGCUUUGGUUAAACUUCCAGUGAUGCAGGUUGCUCACUUGCCUGUGUAUGUAUCUGCAACAGACUCUUCUGUCAAACCUGCUGUAGUGGCUGUUGAUAAUCAAGGUUCACUUGUAAGUACUGUACAUUUAUUGCCUCAGUCUAUAGGAAUCCUGAUUCCAGCCCUGGAGGCAGAAACACUUGUAUUUAAAGACAGUAUGCCUGUUUCAAAAGUGAUGACUUCUGGUGAUUGUGAGCCAGUAAGUACUGGUGUACAAGUUGAACUGGACAAGGUUACAUCAAAUAACACAGGGCAAGAUCUGGGGAAUGUUUGUCACAAGAGCAAAAUUUCUUCAAUAAAUAUACAGACUGACUUAUCUUAUAUCUCACAGAGCUUUGUACCAGCUCCAGCCUGGACUCCCAAUUCUUCUGUGUCCUCUUGUUCUCAGACAGAUCUGUCAUUCAGUUCCCAGGUUUCAUUACCCAUCAGUGUACAGACACAGACACUACUGCCUGCUUCCAAGCUGACUUCAUCCAUAGCUGCUCAGACUGAUGCUUUCAGUCAGGGCUGUUUUCCAACGUGUGGCAUUUCCAGAGAGACUCAAACCAGCGGGACACAGGACUGUAUUGAUGGAAGAGUACAGAUGGACCAGGCUGUAAUGUGCAGUGACAUUUUUGACAAUGUUCCUUCAUCAUAUAAUGUUUCUACUCACAUUGAACUUCCAGAAAGCAAUUUAAUGCCUGCAAGUAUAGAUCAAACCUUGCUACAAAGAAGUAGCUGCAAGAGUCUGAAUGAGGAUACAGCUAAGUCUGAAUCCCUUAUCAGCUUCAAUACACAGACUAAUAUACUUCCAUCUCAAAAUACAACAGAUAAUCAAACCCAGACAAUGGAUCUGCUAAGUGAUCUGGAAAACAUCUUUUCAGGAAACAUGUCUGGCCAGACACUGGAUAAUCGUGGCCUUUUGUCCGAGACAAGUUCUAAUGCUGACACACAUCUUCCAUCUGGUCCGUCACAGAGCACAGGGAUAGACUUCGACAUUGAAGAGUUCUUUUCAGCAUCCAACAUCCAAACUCAGACUGAAGAGAGUGAGCUUGGUACCCUGAACUCUGAGCCAGUUUUGGAGUCACUGGACAUUGAAACUCAGACUGAUUUCUUAUUUUCAGAUAGUGCCACUCAAUCAUAUAACUGCCGAGGCAAUUCUAACUUCUUAGGUUUGGAGAUGUUUGAUACACAGACACAGACAGACUUGAAUUUCUUUUUGGACAGUACUACCCAUCUGCCUUUAGGAAGUAUUCUGAAACAGUCCAGUUUCUCGAUGAGCACUGACUCAUCUGAUACAGAAACCCAGACAGAAGUAUAUAUGGCUACUAAAAAUACACCUGCUCAGAAUAUUGAAAGCAAAGUCCAGCUCAGUAGUGCUGAGACUCAGACUAUGGAUAGCUGCUUUGAGAAUCUGGGGAGUUUAUUCCUUACCAGCAAUGAAACACAGACAGCAAUGGAUGACUUCCUUCUGGCUGACUUAGCCUGGAAUACAAUGGAGUCCCAGUUCAGUUCAGUAGAAACACAGACCUGUGAAGAGCUGUGCUCCUUGUUCCAGAGCUCUGACAAGCCCAGCCACUGAGUGCUACAUAAUAUAACUGUUUCUUGUGGUUUGAAUUUAACUUAUUGGGGUGGGAGAGAUGGCUUUACCAAGUGAUCCACUUUGCAUUAUUGAAUGUACUUGUCACGAGCAGUUGACCUAAGAGACUUUUCAUGCUGAAGGUACUCUAUUGAAUAUGUAACUUAACAUAAACUAUGUGUGUAUAAAUAGAGGGGAAGGGGGGGGGGCUGUAACGUGUUAAUGUACAUUUGAACCUUAAAAAUUAUGUGGUGCCUAUGUUUUUUCCUCAGACUUCUUUAUGAAGCUGUUACUGCUUUCAUCUAAGUGGAAGAACUUUUAAAGUUGUUCUCAAUAUCUCUCUCUCUCUAUUCCUGGCUUACAUGCAGGGUUCCAAUGUGCUGGACCAAAACCUGACCUGUUCAAUUGAGAUGCUUCCCUGAACUUAUGGGGGAGGAUUCUAUUAGUGUAAGCUACUUCUGUUUACUUUUUUUAGUAGCUUGUAUUUUAAAUCCGGCAUGAACGUAAUCAGCCGUAUUGUCUUCUUUUACUUUAUGCCUUCACAGCUCUUUCUCCUGCAUAAGCUGACAUUUUCCAAAUACCUGUCCAACACACUAGACACGUAGAGAUUCUUGAAUUGUUGAAAAUAUUUAUUAUUAAAAAGGUGUGUAAAGCAGUAUUUUUUUUCCCUGAGUGGCUCUGAUGCUCUUUGAAGGGUAGGAAGAGAACUUGGAAUUUGUAAUUGUAGGGAAAAUUAGUAUGUCGUCCUUCUAGCUAGUAUAAUAAAUGGGACUAACAUUUUUAGAGUCUUCAGAAGGGAUUUGCUUAAAUUAUUUUUGUCUUGAAGAUGCAAAUGUUACAAUGUGUGUGCCUCAGAGACUGGAAUCAUUUGGUUUUGCUGAAAUUCUUCUAGCUUUAUUGAGAUAUGAGUUGAGAAAUGUUACAGUGGUUUACUACCUUAAGAGAAAUCUUUAAAAAUGGACAAUUAAAUUCCUUAAAACACUCACCUUGACUUCUGGUUUUGGACUUCCUGCUUCCAAAAUCAAUUGGAAAUCCAUACAGCAGAUCUGGGAGAUCAGCUCACAGAAGCCCUUCCAGAACAGCUCUAUCUUGCUUUUGCACUUUGAUCUGCAGCCCUCAUUUCCUGCAGCUUUCACAGUUUCCCAGAGUAUAGUCAAAUUCACACAAACUAAUUUUUCAGAGAAAAAGCAUCUGACCUCUUGGCACCUUUUUUUUAAUGUUUAGGUUGCCCCUCGUGCCACUGUUUGCAGUAUUUUUCAUUUACAUUAAGCCAGUUGUGAAUGUAUGGUGGAAUCUGGCCUUAAGUAAUUUUUAUCUCUUACUAUAAUAUCUGUGAAAUGUGGGCCUCUGGUUUUCUACUGGACAGUUUUUUGUUUCUGUAACCUUAAAGGAAAACUCUCUGUGUCAAAUUCAUGGGCCUGUAACAGACUUUACUCCUCCAUUGUUAGAGGAGUAUUUACUGUACAGCCCAGCAGCAAAUGUAUGUCCAAGCCUUAGGUUUUCAAGACUCCCUAUGCUUUGUGCUGUAUAUUCUCAAUUCAAGGAUGUGGGAGUUAAGUUACUCAUCCAUUGCAGCCAGCUUGUUUUUGUUGCAGAUGAGCAAUACCUUUUUUUUUUUUUGUCUUUUCCUAAUAGUCUUUGUAUUGCUGUGUUGAGUGUCUUUACUGAAAUAAUCUCUUCAGAUUAAUCCCGAAACAUAUAUUUUCCUCCUGAAACCCCAUUUGUAUUGCCUGUUUGAUUUUUCAACAUUUCUAGGUAUGAUUUCAGACACUUCCAGCCUGGCUGAAGAAACUGCAGUACGGAAUCUUGCAGUUCUUCAGGAGGAAGUAACUCUGCUAUGAGGAAUGCCCCCAGGUUUCACAAUAUCUGUAGAGUUCUCAUCUGAAGGGUGGGAUAUAUUUACAAAAAGAAGGCCUCACUUGUAAUUUUGUUUGUUGUGAAGAUAUGACUGAGUCAUACUUACCUGCCUACUUUGAAAUUGAGAGAUAAGAUAAAGAACAAAAUUAGGUUAAUUUAUUCUAUUGCAAUAUCUUUGUACUAAUGUUGCAACUUCACAUGUUAAAGUGUUUUUCCUUCUCCUUUCUUCUCCUGGCUGGAAUACCAGGGAAUGCUUCUUCAUACACUGAUUUCUGUGAUUCCCAUGUACAAGUUGUCUGUACUGACAUGUGAAAGAGAGGCAGUUACUAGAAACCUGGUUUGGAAAAAGGGUAUUUUUCCACAGCUGUAGAAGCUGUUCAUUACCUCUGAAUUUAUAAAGUGAGUCUUUACUCUGCAAGAGGAGGAAUCUGGGUGCUGAGGAGCAGAAUUACAGAAGGAGUUGAUUGUAGCCAUCAGAGAGACCAGCGAGGUUUAAAGUACUUUACAAAUUGGAGUGAUAAUUGCCAUGUUACUGUAAGCCAAAGCUUACAGUAAGCUUUGUAAGCCAAAGCUCUUAACAUCAGCAACUGCCAGGAAAAGACCCAAAAGUUUGUGUGGAUGAAAUCUUAAAGUGUAAUCAUUACCCAGUUAUUGCACUUUUUAAUUAAAAGUCCUUCUGAGGUUUGUGUGUUUUAUUAGAACAUGCAAAUCAUAAUUCUUUUACUCAUUCUAUUUGUUUAAAACUGUUUGGAAUUUAAUUAGGUGAACACAGUGCUACAACAUGGAGUCAUGUAUUGAAAGUGCAGUAUUAAGAAAUCAUUAAAUGUCUGCACUGUCUUAGGAAAGACAAAAUUACCUUCUGACCAAAAUUAACUUAUUUCUUCACUAAUUUGGUUCUCCAUAAAUUAUUCAUAACAGUGAAAAACAGGUUUGGAUCAUGUAUUUCUGGCAUACGUCACUCAGUUUGGAUUUAUUAAGUACUUUUGUGAAAAUGUGAAGACUGCAGCCAGACUUCAUAGUUUGAUGAAUCCCACAGAAAACUUCACGAAAUCUGAUCUGAAACACUAUUGCUGAAUAUUCCAAAUUCUUCACAUUUAAACAAAUUCUUAGAAAAAGUUGAUUUUCCAUUUUUUUACUUUGUUAUAAAAUAAACUUCAGACAACUGUUUUUAGGUAGAACUAAAGUGUUAUCUCCCUUUUUCUGCAGUUUGUCUCUGAUUUGAUUUUCAAGGCACUGUAUUGUAAGUAUUGGUCAGCAGUGACUUACUGUCUUACUCUUUGUAUUCUCUAUUGCCAUUAGAGCUGCUAUACAGAAAGUAACAUCAGAUUCUCUGUAGCCUCUUGGCACAAUUUUUUUAUCUGGAAGUGAUACUAAUAUUAUGUGUACUUACCCUUUGUGUUUCCUGCUUAAUUCUCUUAAGCUGUGAUGGCUGGAUCUUGAUCUGGAUGCCUGUGUAACACUAUUAUAAAAUUGAAUUAGCACUUCUGUAGUUUCAUUUGUGCUUUUCUUUAAUAUAUAUAUAAAGAGUCGAACAAAGGAAACAGCAGAUUUGGGACUUGCAUUCUGUGAGAACAUAAGCACAACUAAGCUGAAAAAUGAAAAUCUGUCUUGUUGCCUUCCAUAUUUGUUUGUCAGAAUGCUAAAAGUUUGACAGUAGAUGCUUCUUCUUCUUGUGGCUUUAUUUGUAUCUAUUUCUGCUAGUACACCUGUAAAUACUUUCUGCUGUGGGUAGGGAGGGAGUCCUCCCCCAAACUUUUUGUCUUGGUCUAGAAAAAUUGGUAGUUUUAAGUCCGAGUUUGCUAAUGCUACAUAUUCUUAGUUGUGCAAAGCUGCUUAUGUUUAGAAAAUUCUCAUUUCCAAAGGAUAUGAAAACAUUAAAAAAUGUAUAUAUACUUGCAGCUGUAAAUUAAACAGCUGCAAAAGAAACCUUGUGAAACCUCAUUUCGUUUUGAACAACUUGAUUCAGUGUCUGUAACUUAAUGUAUGUAACUAACUCCUUAGAAAUUUUUAUUUCAAGGCACAAUACACAGUUAUUUCUGUUGGAAACAAGAGGCUGAAUUUCCCUAUUAGUCAUAUGGACCCCAGUCGUGUAGGGGCAACAGAACAAAGAACAAUGGCUACCUUCCAGUAUUCUAAAUCCUUAAUGCUGCUAGGAUGUGAAUUGAUUUGUUUGGUGAGGCUGGGUAGAAAUGUAAGAGUUGGCAGGACUGGGGGCUAGAGGGGGUUUAAAAGCCUUUUAAAUGUAAUAGAACUGAUACUGAAUCAACAUAGAGUGCUCGGCUUGCAAAAGAACAUGUUCCUGAAAUGGCAACUCUGAGGUGAACCAAAUGUGCUUGCCUUUAUCAUUAAGGCAGACAGCUUCCUUUGCUUUAAUAUAUUUCUGACAUGUGCUGAUUUUUUAAACAUGAUCUUAAUGUUGCAUUCACACCAAACUGUUGGUAACGUUCUGGGCCUUGCAAGCUUUUUCAUUCCUGUUUGGUUUAAGGUGCUGCUAUGCUUGUGUCCUGGUAGGAUGGGCCUCCAGUAACCAGGCUGCCAUUGAUAACAGGAACACUGUGAGGAUACAGCUGUUUAAUGGUAGCAAACCAGUGUAUGGUGCAAUCAUGCAUCUCCUGUUUCUUUUGUUGUUAUUUUUUAAGAGUUGAUGUGAAUUUAAAUAUGUGCAAGAAGGACUUGCUGCUUAGGACGUGACUGAAUUCUCUUGUUUCAAGUGCCAUUGCUAUGCAAUGAACAGAACUCAGCACUCAGCCCCACAGUCAGGGUGAGGGAAUGUUUGUGUUUGUGCGUGUGACUCUUCACUGAAAAUGUAACCAUACAGCCUGAAAUGGUGGAAACGCCUCAAGGAACUGCUGAGUUAAAUAACAGAAGUCCCUUUACUUGUGACCAUUUUUCAUAUGCUGGCUUUACAAUACCUGCAACAACUAGCAGUGGAAUAUAAUAGAUGACUUGUGGUGAUCUCAGCUCUACAUUUCACAACAUCCAGUGCUUUACAUGCUUCAAGCACCUGCAUGCAGAGCUAGAUUGACAGUACCUCUAUCUACAGACCUUUGCAAGUGCAUCUGUGAUAAAGCUAGGUAUGAAAGAUGGCCAUAUCUUUACAGCUUAAACACUUCAACACCUGAUUACAAUCUCAUUUAAGUUUGUAAUUAUUUGGAAUGAAUGAGUAAUAAAUCUCAUGGGUGAGUCUUUCCCAAAGCGUGUGUGAGUUCAUCUCAGCAAGGCUGAGAAAUAUCCUUAAAAUAUUUUUGUUUUCAUUACUGUGGGAUUUUUUUAUUUAGUGGACAAAUCUGGAUUUCAAAGGAUCUUCAUGUUUAAUUCUUGCUAUUUAAGCCAGUAAACUUGCAGUGACCAGACAAAAUCAAGCAUUCAUUUCUUAGACCUAUUUUACAAGUGACAAUCCCAAAGAAGGAAUGUUGUCCUAGUAACUGUGAAACUUGUAAUUACAUUAUUGCAUGCAUAAAAAACCUUGUGCCAAAAUACUGUUUCAUAUUUUCCUCUGUUGGAAACUGAAGUGUUACACAAAGCUACUAGUAAGUUAUUCACAAGUUGAAAUGUUUUGUUCACAAAUGAAGCACUUAUUCAGUCCUGUAAAUUAUACAUAUUUUGGAAUAAAGUUAACUUCAAUCA